AAUAAAUAUCAUAUUUUAAUAUUAAAUUCUUAUAAAAUACAUCAUAUUCUAAUAUUGUCUAGAAUAAAUAACGUGUUUUGUGAUUAAUUACAACAGUUUCUGCAAUAAAAAGAGUCCCGACCCCUGUCUCUCGGACUAUUUCCUUCGAUGAGAAGAGUUCCUUCGAGGCGUUUUUGCAUUUCGCUUGGCUUUAACUAUUGACUCCGUAAAAGGAAUGCUAUUUACCUGUGAACUGGCGAAUUUACCAUCACUGCACAGGGCCGCAUCGACCAUAAAAGCCAUGUCAAUUUCCCCGCCAAUCGCCCCGCCGUUACCGCCCCAAUUCGACGCCCCCUUAAUAACUUUGCAAGACUUCGAAAACAAGGACCUGUCCACAAACGCCUGCCUGUGGGCCUCACAAUUCCCAGAGCUCCAAUGGACCUGCAACAUCCACAAAAUAUCACUGGACAGACCUCCAAUAAAAUGCACUUACAGGAAAUUUCAACCCCAGAAACAGAUAGGACCCACCUGCGGCCUUGUGGCCCUUUCGAUACUGUUGGGAAAUAAGGUCACGGCCGAAGAAUUAUUGACCCAGGCCAGGGGUAAAGGAUACAGUAUUAAUGGAGAGAUGUUCAGUGCUAAAUAUUUGUUGGAUUUGUUGAAAGAGAAUUUAGACAGGUGCGAAUUUGGGGAGGGUUGUAAAGUUUGGUUGCACGAAGGUUCUAUAGAGACUGUUGAUGUUAUGCAGUUUUUGUUGGAAGGAGGAGCUAUGCUCGUACCUUACGACGCCUGGUACAAUCACUCCCCCUGCCAGGCCAACGGCAACAAGGCCCACUGGGCCCUAGUCUGCGGCAUAGUGAUCCCCCAAGGGCAGAUGGCCAGGGUGCUCGCCUGGCAUGGAAAAUCGCAGAGGCUGGCCAUCUGGGAAUUGGCCGAUCUCAGUCUGAGCAAUUCCAACCUGAACGAGUUCAGCCCCAACAGGGAGAGGGACGGGAAGGAGUACGUUUUGCCCGAUGGGGGCAUCAAUGGGCCUUUGGGGAUCUGUGGGAGGUGUAUUAUGAUCGAAGGGUUUAGGAAUGGGGCGGUUAAGAUUUGCUCAUGA